AGGUUUGUUUUCCUCUAGCUACUCUCCAGUUUGCUCCCAGCAGCAUUAAUAGAACAUAGAUCACUGUUCAACUAGGCUGCAGAGUUCCUAUUUUGACAGAUAAUUCAACCAGUGUGACCAGUGGGUUUCUUUAAAUGAAUGAAUAUGAAACUGCCUUAAAUACAGAUGUGAAGGACAGUAUGUUUUAAAUUCUCACUCAAAAUAUGCACUGCUCUUUUUGAACGUCUCAAUAUAAUAUUAUUAUUUAAUGAAAGGAAUGAAAAAUACAUUUGUGUGCAACAACAACUGCGUUUCCCUCCAGUCAGCAGACGGCGAUGUGCGUCUUUCAGGCGAUGCUGCAGCGUGACGUAUAAUCUAGUGGACGGAACACUUCUUCAACAACAUCUAGUCAGCCACCUCGGUAGCCAACAGCCGAAACAUUUAGACUGUUUCUGUGCAUAUUUGCCUCUGUUUUUUAAAUAUACUUCUGACAUCUAGUUAAUUUCCCCCAUUUAAAUGUUAUAGGUACAUUGUUAGUCAACUAGCUGGCUUGAUAAAUUAGCCUAGCACUAAACUAGUCGCUCAUGCUAACUAGCUAGCUAGCUAACAUCCCCGAACAUGAGCUCCCUAAACUACUCCCCUCCUGUUAAAGAAGAGGAGGUCUGCUGGACGGAGAAAGAAGCUCUGGGGCUGAACAUUGUCGUGAAAGAGGAGAAGGAAGAGGAGGAUGUCACAGUAAAACAAGAAGUAGAGGGUGAAGCUGUUACAGUGAAAGAAGAAGAGAAAGACGUUUCAGUGAAAGAAGAAGAUGCGUUCAGAGUGAAAGAGGAGGAGGAUGUUACAGUAAAAGAAGAGGAAGAGGUGAAAGAGGAGGAUGUAGUUUUUGAAGUGAAGGAGGGGAAACAGGGAGAGAGAACUGUCAUAUUGACAGAGGAGUCAGGAGAUCUGAUUACCACCAGAGAGGGACCAGACUCUCACUCUGACAGCAGGGAGACUCCUUCAGGGGAACCAGACCCAGAGACGCCCAAACCAGCGAGACAACACCACUGUUCCCAGUGUGGAAAGAGUUUUAAGUGGUUAAGGAACCUGAAAGUACAUGAGAGAACGCAUACAGGAGAAAACCCUUACGAAUGCUCCCACUGUGGAAAGAGUUUUACCAAGUUAGGGAACCUAAAAGAGCAUGAGAGGACACACACAAGAGAAAAGAGUUUCCAAUGUUCCCAGUGUGGAAAGAGGUUUACCCAGUUACGGUACCUGAAACAACAUGAAGAAAUACACACAGAAGAUAGGAAGACCUACCACUGCUCUCAGUGUGGAAAGAUAUUUACUGGGUUAGGGAACCUGAAAAUACAUAUGAGAAGACACUCUGGAGAGAAGCCGUACCACUGUUCCCACGGUGUAAAGAGUUUUACUCAGUUAGGGAGCCUGAAACCACAUGAGAGGGGACACACUGGAGAGAAGCCUUAUCACUGUUCCCACUGUGGAAGGAAUUUUAGGUGGUAUGCGAGCCUGAAGGAGCAUGAGAGAAUACACACAGGAGAAAAGCCUUACCACUGUUCCAAUAGUGAAAAUAGUUUUACCCAUCGAGGGAGCCUGAAAGCGCAUGAGAGAAUACACUCAGGAGAAAAGCCUUACAAAUGUUCCCGAUGUGAAAAGAGUUUUACCCGGUUAGGGAGCUUGAAAAAGCAUGAGAGAACACACACAGGAGAAAAGCCUUUCCAACAUACUAAUACACAGGAGGAGAAGACAUACCACUGCUCUCAUUGUGAAAAUACAUUUUCCCAGUCAGAGGACCUGAAAUCACACGAGAGAAUAGAGAGGCUGUGUUCUGACUUAUGUUUUUGAUUGAGAAAUUGUGUUUUUGUUCAUUCUACAUUAAAUCAUAUUGUAUGAAUGAAAUCAUACUGAAAAAUAGGUCUACAUGUUUUUCCCAGCUCAAGACAUGAUCAUGUCGAAAAUCGGAUUAAAAGAGUAAAAAAAAAAUGUUUUGAUUAUGAACUUAAGAUUGAUUGAAUGCAGGUGUAAACCCCUAAAUGUUGUUCACUAUAUCAUUGGGAUAUUUCAAACAUGUUAAUUAUUAAAUAGAUUGAUAUUAGUAUUUCUUCAUUCAGAUUGUCAUUGUAAAUGCGUAUUGGUUCUCAAUUGACAUAUCUGAUUAAAUAAAUGUGAAAUAAAGUAAAUGCCAUAUUA